UUCCAAUCACGAUUUGUCGAACUAGCUGACAUACCGUUUUUUGUGUGUUUUGAAAAACUAACCCUUCAUCAAAAAAGAUCAUAUAUUGGGUUCUUGUUUUGAUAAUUUAAGCACAGCUUAAGUACUUCUUUCUGCCAUGCCAUUUAAAAGACGUCAGGGACGACAGGACACCGUUACCAUGACGACAGUUACAACGAACUUCAACGAGCGAAUAAGUUUCGGUGUCUGCGGGCAAAACUUAUUUUAUUUUUCCUUUGUGUUAAAAAAAAAAAAAAAGGGGCAUGAAAAAUGAUUCCUAUAUCUGAUUCUCUUCUGAAAUAUGAUAAUCCGAUGUCGAUCAAGAAUUCAGAGACUAAAUCUCCAAAGCUGCAUAAAACAGGAACAAUCCCUCAGCAGCCAUCAGACUUCAAACCAGCUACUCCACCUUCUAAAUCAAAACCUGCAAUAAGUGAAGACAAUGAGGAAACCAAGGAGGUCCUGGAAGUCAUUUUUCCACCCAGGGAAUGGAUGGACGGAAACCUGCUGUGGGUGCAGAAGGUAUCUACUGCUCCGUCUACAAGAGCAGAUGUUAUCCAACUGAAGAAACAGCUGGAUACAAAGCUGCAGCAGAGACAGGCCAGGCUUACAGGCCUCUGUCCCAUUCGCAGAGAGCUUUAUUCUCAGUGUUUUGAUGAAUUAAUCAGGCAGAGCACCAUAACCUGUGCUGAGAUGGGUCUGCUUCUGCUGAGAGUCAGAGGCGAGAGUCAAAUGACCAUCAAAACCUACCAGAAGAUGAUUGAAAGCAGCAUUCUUUAUGGCAGCAGAAAGGCGCUACAAUCUGAACUUGAAAUGGUGGAUUUAGAAAAAAGGGUAAGGGCAUCAGUUUAUCACUUUUUACAAUGAAUAUUUUUUUUUUGUUAAUAAGCUGUAUGUAAUAAUUUCAACUCUUUCUGGCUUAAACUAUGGUAUUGGAUAUUAGUUAGAACUCCAUCAGAGAGCACUCUUUGUUUCCAGAUGCAACUGAUAACUGUGGACUUCCUACUGUGUUUUUCACAUUUGUAGGUUGAAGAUCUAGAAAGGGAGAAAGAGGAUCUGCUGAAAAAAAUGGAUGAACAGAAAGAGGAAAAUGAUGUAUGGAUAAAGAGUGAAGCUCACAAGAUUGAAGUGCUGGAAAGCAACUACAAAGAAGAAAUCAAGGUUUUGAAGAGAAACGUACAACAGCUAAAGGUGACAAAAUGUAUAUAUAUUAGGGGUGGAACAGUUCACAAAAUCCACGGUUCAGUUCACGGUUUCGUGGUCACGGUUUUCGGUU